CACCGCCCAGAUAUGGCCAUUCCGCAGUGCCAGUGGAAUUUCAAUGUAAUUGUUGGUAGAGAGAUCACUAAGGUUCCUCUCGAAUAUGUGACUGUAGCACUCACUAUACUGCCAUCUAUAGGGAUCGCUUGGAAGGGGAUGGAGCCGUACGUCGGAGGGGGUAUUGAGAUAGAGAGCGU